AUGCCCUCGGAUCCAACAUUCACAACCUACACCCCCACCCAAGCACGCACCUACGCCCAACACCGCCUCUCCUACCCAUCCAAGCUCUACGACACCAUUCUGAACCACCACAUAUCCACAGGUGGACAGCUCAAUGUUCUCGUAGAUGUGGGGUGUGGUCCUGGCCGCGCGACGAGGGAUUUAGCGGCGUUUUUUGAGGUGGGCAUCGGACUAGAUCCCGGAGAGGAGAUGAUUAGGACUGCUAGGGCGAUGUCUGAAGAGGAGGGUUUUAAAGAGUCUGGUGUUAGAGAGAAAGUGCAGUUUGCAGUUUGUGGAGCUGAGGACUGUGCGAAGGGCGUUAGGGAGGUGUUAUCUACACUCAAAAAUGGGAUUGAUGAUGGUGAUAGUGGAGAGGGGAGGGUGGAUUUAUUAACGGCUGCCAUGGCGGCACAUUGGUUCUCCAUGCCCGAAUUCUGGGACCAAGCCGCUGAAGUCGUAAAACCCAGUGGCACCGUGGCCCUCUGGACAUGCUCUUCGCUCUACUGUCAUCCAUCAACCCCUAACGCAGCAGCCGUACAAAAAGCGCUCUUCCAUCUCGAACGUGAGGUCCUUGCACCGUACGAAUUACCGCAAAACCGGAUAUCGCGCGAUAUGUACGACGACCUGGUUUUACCAUGGCAAGCCACUGACCCCACGACGACCGCAAAGGGGAAUCUAGGGGAAGUAUUCCCUGAAUCAGAUUUUGUCCGUUUGGAAUGGGAUAGAAACGGGACCAUCAGCGACGGGAGUGAUUUCUUCCUGUCUAGUAACAGUGAAAAGAAAGGGGAGACAACUCUAAACGAUUUAGCGGGAGGUCUUGGGACGGCGAGUAUGGUGACAAGGUGGAGGGAAGCGAAUCCUGAGCUUGUUGGUACGGACAGAGACUGUGUUAAGGAGAUGUGUGCUGAAAUCAGAAGAGCGAUGGGCGUGAGCAUGGAUGAGAAUCCGACAUUGAAGGUUGCGGGUUCGGUAGUUUUGUUGUUGUUUAAGAGGAAAUGA